GAUAUAAAAACAUAGAGAGCUUCCUGCAAGACCGAACGAGAGCACACGAUGUCGGCCCCACCGCAAAGCGAUAAGGAGAAGUUAACUCAGAUCUCCGUAAAGGGGAUAGCGCUGGUAGAAAAUGUGAAGAACGUCAAGACCACCUUUAACCGGCACUUACAUUAUACACUAGUGAAGGACAGAAAUGUGGCAACCCUACGGGACUACUACUAUGCCCUCGCCCACACAGUCAAGGACAACCUGGUCAGCAGAUGGAUCAGGACACAGCAGCAUUAUUACGAUACUGAUCCGAAGAGAGUAUACUACCUUUCUUUGGAAUUCUUGAUGGGAAGGACUUUAACAAAUACCAUGGUCAACUUGGGCAUCCAAAGUACCUGUGAUGAGGCUUUGUAUCAGCUGGGUCUAUACCUCGAAGAAUUGCAAGAAAUUGAAGAAGACGCUGGCUUGGGUAACGGCGGUUUGGGCCGACUUGCUGCCUGCUUCUUGGAUUCCAUGGCCUCUUUAGGAAUGGCAGCGUACGGUUACGGACUGCGAUAUGAAUAUGGAAUAUUUGCUCAGAAAAUUCAAGAUUGUGAACAAGUAGAAGAACCUGAUGAUUGGUUGAGGUUCGGCAAUCCAUGGGAGAAAGCUCGACCCGAGUACAUGAUUCCCAUCAACUUCUAUGGCAGGGUGGAGAAAUCAAAUGGAGUUUCCAAAUGGGUUGACACGCAAAUAGUUUUUGCUAUGCCUUAUGACAACCCAGUCCCAGGAUUUCGAAAUAAUGUCGUCAAUACACUUAGAUUAUGGUCAGCCAAAUCUCCAAAUAGCUUCAGUUUGAGGUUUUUUAAUAAUGGAGAUUAUAUCCAAGCUGUACUGGAUAGAAAUUUGGCAGAGAACAUUACUAGAGUUUUGUAUCCAAACGAUAAUGUAUUUGAAGGCAAAGAGUUACGUUUGAAGCAAGAAUACUUCUUGGUAGCAGCAACCCUUCAGGAUAUCUUAAGGAGAUUUAAAACAAGCAAAUAUGGUUCUACUGAUGCAGUUCGAACUUCCUUUGAUAAAUUCCCUGAAAAGGUAGCACUACAAAUGAAUGACACACAUCCUGCUGUUGCAAUAGCAGAAUUAAUGCGACUUCUCGUAGAUAUCGAAGGAAUACCAUGGGAUAAGGCCUGGAAAAUUACGACACAAACUUGCGCCUAUACCAAUCACACCAUCCUUCCGGAAGCGCUUGAGAGAUGGCCAACUUCCAUGUUUGAGAACUUACUACCUCGUCAUCUUGAAAUAAUAUACGAAAUCAACGCCAAUCACUUAAAGCGAGUAUCCGAAAAGUACCCAGGAAAUGUUGAUAAACUUCGCGACCUGUCCAUCAUCGAAGAAGGAGGGGAGAAGUGUAUCAAUAUGGCAAGACUGGCGAUCGUAGGAUCACAUGCAGUGAACGGAGUGGCUAAGAUUCAUUCGGACAUCAUCAAGAGCACAAUAUUCAAAGAUUUCUAUGAACUGGAUCCAGAAAAAUUUCAAAACAAAACCAAUGGAAUAACUCCACGACGUUGGAUGGUGCUUUGCAAUCCAGAGCUAGCUGAUGCUAUUGCUGAGCACAUUGGAGAAGAAUGGAUCACAGACCUUUCCCAACUAAGGAAAAUCGAACCACUUAUAAAAAACCCGAGUUUUGUGCAAAAAGUGCAGCAAGUGAAAAACGAAAAUAAAAUGAAACUGGCCAGUCUGAUCGAAAAAGAAUACGGAAUAACGCUAAAUAUCGAAUCUAUGUUCGACGUGCAAGUUAAAAGAAUCCAUGAGUACAAGCGCCAACUCCUGAACCUAUUACAUAUCGUGACGAUGUAUAACAGAAUCAAAGACAACCCGAAUGCACCUUUCGUACCACGAACUGUCAUGAUUGGAGGAAAAGCUGCUCCAGGCUACCAUACAGCAAAACAAAUCAUUAAACUAAUCUGCCACGUUGCCAGAGUUGUAAACAACGAUCCUAUUGUUGGCGAUAAGUUGAAAGUAAUCUAUCUUGAAAACUAUCGAGUCACUCUUGCUGAGAAAGUCAUCCCUGCCACUGAUCUCAGCGAGCAGAUCUCAUUAGCAGGAACUGAAGCGUCCGGAACUGGUAAUAUGAAAUUCAUGUUAAAUGGAGCUUUAACCAUCGGUACGCUGGACGGUGCAAAUGUGGAAAUGAGAGAAGAGAUGGGCAAAGAAAAUAUUUUUAUCUUUGGAAUGAAUGUUGAUGAAGUUGAAGAACUGAAAAAAAGAGGGUACAAUGCGAUGGAAUAUUAUGAAACACUUCCUGAACUCAAACGAUGCGUCGAUCAGAUAAAAUGUGGCUACUUCAAUCCUCAUAACCCUGGCCUGUUUAAUGAUCUUGUGGAUAUUAUGCUCAAAUAUGACAGGUUUUACGUACUAGCAGAUUACGAAGAUUAUAUUAAAUGCCAAGAAAAAGUGAACCAGUGCUAUCAGAACGGAAAUGAAUGGACUGUGAAAGCUAUCAAGAACAUAGCCAGCUCCGGUUAUUUCUCCAGCGACAGAACAAUUGAAGAAUAUGCAAAAGACAUUUGGGGUGUAACACCAACAAGAGAGAAACUCCCAGAUCCUCAUGGACCACAGGACUUGCAAGACCAGAAGAAAUGAAUUUCAAAAUAGGUCAAAAUAGAACUUUCAGAAACCAAUUGUAUUCACUUCAAAAUAUGUUGGCCAAGAAAUGCUAUCAUUUCAUUUCAAUUACAUGUAGAAAUACUUUAUUUUUAUUGUGUUUAAUCAAUAAAUAAUUAUUCAUUCUUG